GAAACAUAUGUUGGAAGUGAACGGAUGCGGUUCAUAACUGAAAUUAUUAGUAUUUUGCGUUAUUACACUUUAUAGGUUUGUUAGUCUAUUUUUUGAUUUAAAAUAUAUUUUUAUAUAUUGUUUCUUUCAGUUAAGUCAAUUUUUGGAGCUUUAAUCAUGUCUAUUCCGCAUCCUUAUGUCAAUUCCAACUGGUUUACCAAGUUUACCUUCUGUUGGGUUAACAAAGUCAUAGGUAAGGAUGAUUGGAUGGAAAGAAUAUCAAAAUAUGAGAAACUACCUGACCACUGCGCUGCUGAUUUACAUAAGAAGAUGGACAAAAUACUUAGAAAAAAAGAUAAUACUUUGAGAUAUUCAGUUAUGCUAGGGAUCAUGAGAUUUUGUUUAGUGGACUUUUUAGUAUCGUUAUUGUUUAAAUUUAUAGGAGAUGUGUUGGUAAUUUCAUUUGCCUUCCUAAUUAGAAGCUUGAUCACAGAUAUUCAAAAGACAACUAAUUACUUGACGUAUAUUAAGGCUGGCGUUAUUGCCCCUUUAAAUGCCAUAUCUUUUGUUAUUCAAAGAUAUAGCGUCUAUCGUAUGGAAGAGACAGUCUUGUUUCUUGUAUCACUGCAGUGUGUAUUAGCGUCCAGACAAGGUUCAAUGCGAUAUAGGAUAGCAAAGCAGACUGAUAAAAGAGUCAAUACAAUGAAUGAGGUUCUUAGCGGUAUGCAAGCAAUUAAGAUGUUGGUUUGGGAAAGACAUUUCAUAUCAGUUAUUCAAACUUUAAGAAAGAAAGAAAUUUUUAAGAUAUUUGUAUCAUUUAUGAUGAGAGUAUUCUACAAAGUUAUUGGAUUAAUAAUGGCUCUGGAAGCUCCAUGCUUUCUAAUGUUUCCAGAGGCUCUCUUUUUCGCUAGCGAAUGUACAGCUUCUAUGAAAAGAGUACAAAUAAUGUUAACUGAGCUAGACCAUCAUGGAAUUGGCAGCGAGAAAAAAACAGAAGUUUUAGACGAAAAAGAUAUAUUAUCUAUACAAAAUUUACAUACAGGAUGGAUGAAUUAUGGAAAAAAAGGAAAAACCGAAAAUUUUCUUCAAAAUAUAGAAUUUCAGUCUGGUAAGAAGAGACUUAUUGGAAUUUCUGGUGCAGUUGGUUCGGGAAAGUCAACACUGUUACUAGCAAUAUUAGGAGAGAUAAAUGCCUUGAGAGGAAAGACUUCGGUCACCAGUAGUAUUUCCUACAUGCCUCAGGAGUCGUGGCUUUUUCAUGACACAAUAAGAGAAAAUAUACUUUUUGGCGAAACAUACGAUGAAAAAAGGUAUAGAGAAGUCCUAAAAGCUUGUUCCCUUCAAAAGGAUAUUGAAGCGCAAGCGUUUGGAGAUUUAACUCUAGUUGGAGAAAAAGGUUUUAUGUUAAGCGGUGGUCAAAAAGCUAGAAUUUCAUUAGCAAGAGCCAUAUAUAGAAAGGCGGAUUUGUAUCUGCUAGAUGACCCUCUUAGUGCAGUUGAUCGACACGUCGCUAAAGAAUUAAUGGAGGAAUGUGUAUUAGGAUUUCUUAAGGAUAAAUAUGUUAUAUUGGUUAGUCAUCAGGUUGAUUGUUUAAAACAAGUUGAUAUACUUUAUGAAAUGAGUAAUGGGAAAUUGAAGGAAAUUAAUAGGGAGUCUGUUAAAAGUAAUGAUGACGAGGAAAAACAUGUCAAAGAUGUCGAAUUAAGCUCUACAGAAAAUUUUAUUGUUGAAGAAAGUAGAGAGCAAGGUUUUUCUGGUUUAAAAACUUAUAUUAAGAUUCUUAGCCAUUAUCUUGGUAAAACAUGGGAUGAUACAAUUACUAAAUUAUAUCCUUUAUUUACUAUUGUUUGUUUAAUUAUCGUUUUGGAUUUUGCAAGACAAGCAACUUUCUUUAUAAAUGUUGCCUUGUGCUCGGUAAACUUUCAUAAUAGGAUGUUUAAGAAGAUAAUGACUGUACCUUUGAGAUUUUUCCACACUAAUCCAAAAGGAAGAAUAUUGAAUAGAUUUGCUAGGGAUUUAGGCUUCGUUGAUACUCUUCUUGGUCCUCUCCUUGAUGAUUGUGUUACCUGGUUUGGGGCAACUUUGUUUGCUAUCGGUUUGGCUAUAUCCAGCGUUUAUUUAUUAUCAAUACCUUUCCUGGCAAUUUUGGGUUGUAUGAUAUUUAUUUUCUUGAAAAUCACGCCGUAUAUCAGUCAACUAAAAAGGUUGGAAGCUAUCGAAAGAAGUCCUAUUUUCGAUCAUGUAGAUAACACUAUUCAUGGGUUGGUGAGCAUUCGAACAUUUAAAAGGCAAAAGGAUUUUAUGAAAAAGUUUUACGAAUUCAGCGACACUCAUACCAAGGUUGCCUUCUUAUUACUCAACUUAUACAGAUUUAUCCAAUUAGCCUAUGGAUCAUUACUGGUCUUGUUUCUUUUCUUCGCCACAUUGGCCUGCGCUUACUUUGCCAAAUAUAUUCAUCCAGCCAUAGCUGCUUUAGCCUUGACCUAUUUGAAUAUGUUUAUUACUCCAACUCAAUUUGCUUUUAGGGUCCUUAGCGAUUUGGAGAGUGCCAUGACAUCUGUCGAAAGAAUAUCCGAAUAUACAAAACUGCAAUCGGAAGAUUCUAUUCAAAAAAAAAAAUGUAUUAUUCCACCACAUUGGCCCACAAGUGGUGGUUUAGUCUUUAAUAAUCUGUCAUACAAAUAUGAAGAGAGUCUUCCCUAUGUUUUACAUUCGGUUGAUUUGAAAAUAAAAUCAUCUCAAAAGAUUGGAAUAGUUGGAAGAACAGGAGCCGGAAAGAGUUCUAUACUAUCUGCUUUAUUUCAAUUAGCACAACCUGAGGGGGAAAUUCUUUUUGAUCACGUUAACAUUCUCAAAGAUGUACCAUUAAGAAAGGCCAGAUCUGCUAUAUCGGCUAUACCUCAGGAUCCUUUCCUAUUCUCCGGAAGUUUUAGAGAAAAUUUAGAUCCCUUUGAAGAAUAUACAGAUGAAGAAAUAUGGAUGUCGUUAAACAAAGUUCAAAUGUCAGAUAAACUAUUGAGUAAGUAUGAUCAAUUAGAAUCAAAAGUUGCCGAGUUUGGAAAGAAUUUAAGUGUUGGAGAAAAACAGCUUAUAUGUUUAGCAAGAGCUUUAUUAAAAAAGAGUUAUGUUAUUGUUAUUGAUGAAGGAACUGCUAAUAUAGAUAAUCACACUGACGCUGUAAUUCAAACAGUGCUUAGAGAGAACUUUUCAGAAUGUACAAUGCUAGUCAUUGCCCACCGACUAAAUACAAUUAUGGACUGCGAUAAAAUUGCGGUAUUAGAUAGUGGUAAAGUUGUUGAAUUUGGUAGUGCUUCAGAACUUUUAAGCAAAAAAGGAGCCUUCUAUGAUCUUGUAAAUGUUGGUUUAAAUAAAUGA